AUGUCAUCAAAGCGCAGUAUCCUGAUCACCGGCUGCUCCGACGGCAGUCUAGGAUCCGCCCUCGCGCUCCACUUCCACCAAGCCGGCUGGCGCGUCUUCGCCACGGCCCGCAACCCCGCGAAGCUCAAGGAGGCCGAGAAAGCGGGCAUCGAGACCGUCCUGCUGGACACGUUGUCCGACGAGUCGAUCCGCGCCUGCGUCGCCCGCGUCCAGGAGCUGACGGACGGGUCCCUGGACGCGCUGAUCAACAACGCCGGCGGCGGGUACUCCAUGCCUGUCAUGGACAUCGAGAUCCCGAUCGCGCGGGAGCUGUUCGAGCUCAACGUCUGGUCGCUGAUCAGCGUCGCCCAGGCCUUCCUCCCGCUGCUUCUGCAGUCGGCCCAGACCGGUGGCAACGGCGGUCCGACCCUGCUCGUCAACCACACCUCCAUCUCCGGCACCAUCGGCGCCACCGGGCCCUUCGCGGGGGCCUACAAUGCCUCGAAGGCGGCCGCCUCCAGUUUCACCGAGACUCUGCGGCUGGAGCUCGAGCCCUUCGGCAUCAAGGUGAUCAACCUCGUCACCGGCGCGGUGCGGUCCACCUUCCACGAUAAGGCGCCGCACCCGACCCUGCCCGCUUCGUCCCUGUACAAUGUGGCCAAGGACACCGUGGAACGCGCCUUGACCAAUCUCGAUCCCGAGAAUGAUACCCCGGCCGCGGCGUGGGCGAAGCAGGUGGUUCGCGACCUCAGUAAGCGCAGUCCGCCGUAUUGGAUCUGGCGCGGCAAGCUCGCGAGGAUUGCCUGGAUUGCGGGGCUCCUGCCGCUGGGGUUCUUCGAUGGGACGAUGAAGAAGUGGGUUGGUUUGGAUGUGGUGGAGCAGCGGUGGAAGGAGCAGGUGAAUUCAUUGUCUUGA